CGCAGGACUUGCUCUUAUGGAUCUCCGUAAUUCGUGCAUGGCAAUGGCACGUGGCUGUUGUUAGUCGGACUAUCUCGUUUAUAACGACUCACGUACUCACUUUACUCGGUGACCGUCGGCAACAGUCGAGUCUUCACGAACCGGCGCGGGUAUCGGGACGGGCUGCUCUGCUCAUGACGAUACACUAGCAUUCGUAUUCACUCAAACAAACCAAAUACAAAUUCCGUCAUCAACCAACACAAGCAAACCAUGCAAAUUGUCAGUCUGUCUCAGUGUGAUUUGUGUUGUAUUCGUGAUAGGACGUUUUUCAAUAAACGUUCCACGAUAUUAUCGCGGAGUGUAUUAUUUACUAAUAUUUGACUUUAUAUUUAAUUGAUAUCAAGUAAAGUAAUAUUAAAAAUACAUAGUGUAAUUCAUAACCUCCAAAAUGUCAGAAAGCGCACAGGAUGUCGUGCAGGAUGCCGCCGCGGCGGUCGCUGGAUCAUCACUUUUCAGCACUUUCGAUAUAGUUAUGCUUAUUGUUUUAUUGGGAGCUGCGGUUUGGUGGUUAUACAGCUCCAGGAAAGAAAGCAAGAAAGAUGAGAUUGUGCUUAGUAAAUACUCAAUCCAAACUGCGGGUUCGAUACAAGUGGCAGAGAAUUCCUUCAUCAAGAAGCUGAAAUCAUCAGGCAGGAGUCUCGUGGUAUUCUAUGGCUCUCAGACUGGCACCGGCGAAGAGUUUGCGGGUCGCCUUGCCAAGGAGGGCGUCCGCUACAAAAUGAAAGGCAUGGUCGCCGAUCCAGAGGAGUGUGAUAUGGAAGAGCUGACAAAACUUCAGGAAAUACCCAACUCUCUUGCGGUGUUCUGUAUGGCUACGUACGGCGAGGGUGACCCCACGGACAACGCUAUGGAGUUUUACGAAUGGCUGAAGAAUGGAGAACCGGAUUUGAAUGGUCUCAACUACGCGGUAUUUGGUUUGGGUAACAAGACAUAUGAACAUUACAAUGCUGUGGCGAUAUAUUUAGACAAACGACUAGAGGAACUUGGAGCUACUAGGGUGUAUGAAUUAGGACUUGGAGAUGAUGAUGCAAAUAUUGAAGAUGACUUCAUCACUUGGAAGGACAGAUUCUGGCCUGCAGUGUGUGAGAAAUUCAAUAUUGAAAGUACUGGUGAGGAAGAGCUGACACGUCAAUUCCGUCUUGUGAGCCAUUCAAAUGGAGAAAUACCUCCAGAAAAUGUUUUCACAGGAGAAAUUGCUAGACUUCACACAUACCAAGUACAAAGACCGCCUUAUGAUGCUAAAAAUCCAUUCCUAGCUCAAAUUACAGUCAAUAGAGAACUACAUAAAGGUGGUGAUAGAUCUUGUUUACAUGUAGAGUUAGACAUUUCUGAUUCUAAGAUGCGAUAUGAAGCAGGUGACCAUGUGGCUAUAUAUCCUAUCAAUGACACAGACCUAGUAGAUCGUCUUGGUGCCUUAACUGAAGCUAACAUGGAUGAAAUCUUUUCAUUAAUCAAUACAGAUCUAGAGAGCAGCAAGAAGCAUCCCUUCCCUUGUCCUACCUCCUACAGAACUGCUUUAUCACAUUAUUUAGAAAUUACUGCAUUGCCUCGCACUCACAUACUAAGGGAACUGGCAGAGUAUUGCACAGAUGAGGAAGAUAAAAAAAAGCUGCUUCUAAUGUCAACAAAUUCUCAAGAAGGCAAAGCACUCUAUCAUUCAUUUGUAGUUGAUGCCUGCAGAAAUAUUGUCCAUAUACUUGAAGAUAUUAAAUCAUGUAAGCCACCUCUCGAUCAUCUUUGUGAGCUGUUGCCCCGUUUGCAACCCAGAUUUUAUUCUAUCUCAUCAAGUCCUAAGUUACAUCCUGAAACUGUGCACAUAACGGCUGUUGUAGUGCAAUAUAAGACAUCAACAGGGCGCGUCAAUAAAGGCGUGGCGACCACGUGGCUGGCUCAGCACAAACCAAUACCAGGCAAACCACUUCCACGAGUGCCAGUUUAUAUUCGGAAAUCUCAAUUCAGGUUACCUAUUCAAACACAGACACCUAUCAUCAUGGUCGGUCCAGGCACUGGUCUCGCUCCUUUCCGCGGGUUUCUGCAGGAGCGCGCAUAUGCUCGUGCUAAUGGCAAAGAAGUCGGCGAGAAUAUUCUAUAUUUCGGAUGCAGACAUCGUGAGCAAGACUAUAUUUAUCGAGACGAGUUGGAGAAAUAUGAAAAAAACGGCGAUGUCAAUCUAAAUGUGGCAUUCUCGAGAGAUCAAGAGCAUAAAGUUUAUGUGACCCAUCUAUUGGAGAAAAAUAUUGAUAAAAUUUGGGACGUCAUUGGAAAUCGCAAUGGACACUUCUAUGUUUGUGGAGAUGCUAAAAACAUGGCUGUUGAUGUAAGGAACAUUGUCCUCAAAGCUGUCCAAGAAAAAGGUGGUCGAACUGAAGCAGAGGCUCUACAAUUCCUCAAGAAAUUGGAUUCUAUGAAGAAAUAUUCAUCAGACGUCUGGAGCUAGGUUGUUUUGAUAGGUGUACAAUAGUUUAAUUAUUUGUGACUAGACAAUUUACUCGUUCAAUAUAUUAAAGCCUGUAUGUUUAGGUAGAUUUUGUAAACAGUGUUAAGAAGACACUGCAUUUAUAAAUGACUAUUGGCCAACAACAUGUGGCAACAAAAAUAUUAAUGUUUUAACAGACAACAAAUCGCACAAAUUAAUUUUCUUAGAAACAAAAUAAGUGUUCUUAGUAAAUAAAAUAUUAAGAUUUUGCUCAUAAUCAUAAAAACCCUAUAAACUUUAUAUUGUGAUAAGCAAAUAUUAUUUAUGCAAAAUUCGUAUAUUAUUUUUACUGUAAAUUUUCAACAACAAUUUUAUUUGUGCAAAGAAAACUAUACAUCGGAUUAUAUGCACUAUCAAAACACCAUUUAUUAUAUGAGUUAUACUUGUGAUAAGAAUAUUAUUAUUUGAGGUAAUAUUCAAUGUGUGUAAUAUCUUAUAUCAGAUUUUUCUUGCUAAUGAGAAACGUGUAAUCUUACGACUUUCUGUUUUGGUAAUUACAUUGAGAUGUAAAAUUAUAUUCAGAUAUAAAAUCUUGAUGAUUGUUUGUAUGUAGAAACUAUAUGAUUGAUUUAAAUUAUCGUAUUAUUGACGUGUUAUUUAAUAUUAUUCUUGAAAUGAUAUGAGAAUGGUAUUUAGAAAUUCAAGUUGCUGUUGAGUGUAAUAUCAGUUUUAUUGUUUGUUGGUAGGUAUAUACAAUUAUAAUUAAUUAUUAUAAUGUCAUAAGUGGACUGGGACAUAGAUGUAAGAGAACAAAGAAAUCUACUUUUAUACACAUAUAUAACUUCAAUAUAAAUUUUGCUUAG